AUGGAAAACUCGACUCUCAUUCCUAUUGCACGGUACUGCACCUUUACCACUACUUCCUCCACCUUCAGCCCUGCUCCACACCCCACACCCCACCACCAGAACCCCCGCGACUAUUUCUCCGACACUGACAAGAAUUCGGACACGCAGAUGGGGAAGAAGAAGUCGAAGAAGCUGAACCAGCAGCAACAACAGCAGCAGCAACAGCCAACGGCCACCGCCGACGGCCUAGCACCACUGCCACUACCCACUACCCAAUCAAUCGCCUCGACACCCCAAGCGCCUCCUUCCCUCAUUUCCGCGCCCAACAAUGCCGACCCUGCGGCGCAACACGGCGACGACGCUGCUGCCGACGGCGACGGCCAGAGCAAGAAGAGCAAGAAAAAGCAGCGCGCCAGAGAGCGCCGGGAGGCGAAGAAGCAGCAGCUGUUUCUGCGAAAACAGCAACAGCAGCCUGCGCUAGAACAAAGAGAGGGAGGUUUCGGCGCGCAAGCUCAACAGCCUAGCUUCACCGCGGUGGGUUUUGACGACCCCGACGGUGGAGUUGGAUUGCGCAGUGGUGAUGAGCCGCCGCGCGACUUCGUGGGCCAGCCGCUGCUAGACGCGCUCGAUGAGGCUCUGCAGGGUGGAAGUGAGGCGGAAACGGCGCGUGCGGGAGGAGGAGGAGGGACGGGACGGAGGGCUUCGCUGGCGCGGCGGCCCGCGCAGCAGGGUGGUGGCAGUGCUGCUGAUGGUCCGCCGCCUGGCGCGCCGACGCAGCCUAGGGCGGCGAGGAAUGCCGCUGAACCUCCGCUGGGCGCGCCGACGGGACCGAAGUCCAUGGCGCAGGCGCAGCAGCCUCGUGCUCCGAAGAGCUAUGCGCACCCGCCGCAGUAUUGGCAGACGCCUGGCGUUUCUGCUGCGGAGGUGGGCUCUCAGGCGCCGUCGCAAGCGGCGUUCGCUUCUUAUUCGCAAGCUGCGCCUAGUGACGAUAAUCCGCACGGGUACAAUGUGCAGAAUGCCACCUGGGAUUGGAACAACCCGUUUGGCGGGAUGGCUGCAGAUUCGGCGGAAGCUGGUGGUUUGAACGGUGGCGGGUCGAAUGCUUAUACCUCUGACUAUCAGACAGAUGCAGGUUCAGCACCAUGGCCCGGCACGUACGGCGAUUACUGGCAGCAACAGCAGUCCUCCUCGCCGCAGCCCUUCGGUCAAGUGCCUUCCGUCUAUGACGCGUACCUGCACCAGCCGAUGAACAUCAACUACCAGACCGGCUACUAUCCAUCCUACCAGGGCUCGAGCGAUGGUGGCAUGCGCUACAUCCACGGCCACACCAACAGCUUCGCGGCUCCGUUCACGCCUACGGCGUCAGUACAGCAAUACUAUCAGGGCCACAGUUGGCAUGUUGACAAGCCUUACAGUGCCUCUACGACCCGCGGCUUUUCCACCACGGCGGCCGCACAGAAAAAUAAUCCCGCGGCCGCGCAGAAAAAGCAUCCACAACCCCCGCACCCCAGCCAACGACGCUGGAACGAAAACGCCAGCUAUGAAGAAGGAGGGGUGCCGGUAAGUACAACGCCAAAGCACUACACCAACGCCAUCGCCUCCAUCCAGGCCCAGAAAGACGCCCUCCAGGACAGGCCACAGCCGCCGUGGAAGCGGACGAGCAAGUCACCAUCUCCCGGUAGUCGAUGGAGCGGACGGGGAGGCAAGGGUGGUCGCCAGCCGACGAAGCCGAAGCCGACGCGAGAAUACCUGACCGUGGCCGAAAACGAGCCCACGCGGCUCGCAGCGCCACGGCCGCUGCUCGUCGUCAUCGACCUCAACGGCACGCUCGUGCACCGGCCGCAGCGCAACAAGUCGUCGCGCGUCAUCCGCCGGCCGUUCGUCACGGCCUUCCUCGACUACCUCCUCGCCAACCACCGCGUCAUGGUGUGGUCGUCAGCCCGCCCCGAAAACGUGGGCCGCAUGUGCGCACAGCUGUUCGCGCCCACGGACCGCGCGCGCCUCGCGGCAGAGUGGGGCCGCGACACGCUGGACCUGACGCCACAGCAGUACAUGGAGAAGGUGCAGGUGUACAAGAAGCUGUCCAAGGUGUGGCAGCAGGCCGAGACGAGCAAGUGGCACCCGUUGCACUCGCGCACGCGCUCGGCCCGCAACGAUGACUACAGCUCGCAGCGCUUCGGCCAGCACAACACGCUGCUCAUCGACGACAGCGUGCUCAAGGCCUCGUCGGAGCCCCACAACCUCGUCCGCGUCGAGGAGUUCGAGGGCCGCCCGGACCAGAUGCAGACGGACGUACUAAGACAAGUCGUCGCGUACCUCGAGGAGGCAAAGUGGAUGGCAGACGUCAGCGCGUGGAACCGCGCGGGUAACGCGUUCGUCGCGGACGAUCCGCGCUGGCAGUGGUACAGUUGGCCUGAGGGCACGCUGCCAGAGACUAUUCCGGAUGGCAUCGUGGUGCCGGGCGACGAGGCGGCGGGGGGUGCGGCGGGCAGCGGGUUCGAGGAGUGGAAGGAGAAUUAUAGGAGGGCGCAGGAAGAGAAGAUGCAAAAGGAGACGACGCAGAAGGAAGGGGGCGGCGGCGGCAGAGGGCUUUCGGCGAUGGAGAUGUGGAGGAGGGGGAUGCCGGUUGACUCGCUCGAUUGA